GCCAUAUCCCAUGCUUUAAAGCUCUCCCAACCCCCGAAGAACAAGCAAGCAAGCAAGACCACGACCUCCCUCCUGCAGCAGCCAUGUCGGACGCCUCGGGUCGUCGGAGGAGCCGGCGAGGCUACCGCCGCCUGCUGUCCCGGCAGUCCUCGUUCGACCUGGCCGAGGGCGACGAAGCGACGACGACGGCGGCGGCGGCGACGGUGAGCGAAAUGAAGAGAUCGAACACCACCAGGGAAAUAAAGGCGCACCCGGUCAUCAGAAUCAUGGAGAAGCCACCGAAGAAGGCAACAGCCACGCCGGAGUUCUUGCGAUACUUGGAGUACAUGAGGGAGGCCGGUACGUGGCAUCCCAACUCCGACGCGCCUGCGAUCUACUUCAAGUAGCAGCUUUGAUGCAUUCGGGUGUUGCUGUCUCUCGUUGAUUUGUAAUGCUUAUUGUUGUGAUCAUAACAAAGAAGGAAAAAUAUCGUGAUAUUUUUAUGA